GUAGAUGGUAAAAUUAAAUGACGUUGUGGGUCAUGAAAUUAAUUUGACUAGACCGAACAUCACGAAGUGUAAUUAAACUUUUAGUCUAAUUACGUAUUUGCAUUUGCUAAUUUGAAUUUCUAGAAGAAUGCAUGUCCGUGAAUACUUACUUUUAAUUUAACACAGGGAUGGAGAUUUUGUCGAUUUCAACGUGUUUGAUUUUCUUAUUUAUAGUUAUCUGCAAUGCUCAAAAAGAUGCACUUCCAGAUCUUAAUUCAUUAGAUUUAUUCAAAGACCAUCCUAUGGAUAUCGGUUCAUUGUUACCCGAUACCUUACUAAGAGAUUCUUCCAUACCAUCGUCACUAAUGCCACGUGACAAUCACCCAAGUACUACAGCCACAACAGAAAAAAUGAAAUUUGCCUCGCUCUCUGCAACAAAGCCUGCUAAAGCUGUGUUUAGUAUGAGAAAUGCUGAGAUAGUGAAGCCAACACAAGUUCAGGCAAACAUAACAAAAAUGACAGUGUCUCCAUUUCCAGUAACAGAGAUCAUUGAAAAUAUACCAACAUCUGAAGCUCCACCACCAGUGAAGUCUUCAAUUAAUAAAGAUACAAUGGUGUAUAAGACACAAUUAAAACCCAGCUCAUCCGAUUUAGGUUUAAAUGGGAGAGUUGUUCAUGAAUUCCUACCUCAAAAAGUGUGGCGCGACAUGAAAACACAAUCUAAUUCGUUAUCCAAUGACUUUAAAGACGGUUUUAAUGUAGCAGGAUCCUCAAUUUUAUUAUCUGAUGUUUUCAAGCAGCCUUGGAACCGACAGAACUUAAACGGUGGUUCUUUCAUUCUACAGAAUAGAAGGAAUAAGUUAAAACAAAAGAAAAAAUUAAGAAAACAGAUUAUCAAACACAAGCAGCCAUCGAUAGAGCAAUUAACAAAUAUUUUAAAGCGAGAAAAUACGCUUUUAAAUAUAGCACUUGGAUUAAUCAGUAAAGACAAGUCUUAUUUAAAGGAUUCAUUAUUCAAUAGAAAAAACAAAUGUCCGUAUAAACCAUAUUCUCUCAAUAAAAAGUUUUUUAUGGAGAAAAUAAAGGAUAAUGGAUGGAUUAAACGGAGGUGUGCCCUUGGAACAGCAUAUGACCAAGAUACAUGUGAAUGCUCAAUUAAUAUUGGAUACCAACCUGAAGGUUGUAAACCGGAAGUUUUCAUGGAUUUUAACAAAGGAGCCAUCGUGGACCUAUCAUCAAAUGAAAUACCAUGUGGCGUGGAAGGUGUUGUAUCGCUCAGUGACUUGGCCUAUUUCAAUGGUGCUAGCAGAAUCAUUAUCUGGAGAUAUACAAACUUUGACUUCCAGCAUGCCGUAACUUUAAAAUUCAGGUUCAAAUCAGAGGCUAAGUCAAGAAGAAAGCCUCAUCCUCUUAUCACAAAUUGUGGAACAGGACAAGAAGAGCCUUCUUUUGGCGUUAUCUUAAACAGCUUUUCAGAUGUCUUGACAUUCUUUGUUAAAACAACAAAAUCUGAAAUAAAAUUCCUGACUUUCAAAAUAAAUCCAAUGGAAUGGAAUGAUGUUAUAUAUUCGUAUGACGGAGAACAUUUGACAGGAAAAGUGAAUGGUUUAGAAAAAAGAGAAUCUGUUAAAGGAAAUGUCGAAAUACGAUCAGCAGAAAUGAUGUUUGGACACUGCGAAAGAUAUGGAUAUUUCAAAGGUUUCUUGGAUGACGUGAAAAUUUACAAUUGUGUACCUAAAGAAAUAUGAGCAUAUACAGAAUACUGCGUAAUAAUAAUGCUGGACUGAGUCGGUGGUAUACUGCAUGUAACAAUGCGUUGAAUAAAAACGGAAUUCGCCGACAAUCUCAUAUUACCAAAUUUCAGAUGGUAAUGCAAAUACAUUUGCGUAUUUGUUGACUUAUUUAUUUCCAUCUGAUAUUUUGCCAAUUACCUCUAAUUAUUUUACUCUUCAGUGCUUGUUAAAUGUAAAUGUUUAUUAAUAUUGUAUACCAAAGCAAUUUAGUAUUGAUUUUUUUUCAAAAUAAUGUUUUCGUUGAGCUUGUUCUACGGAAAGUGAACGGCGUGUUACUAGGUGGCUAGAUAAUGUCACAUUCAAAUUAAUGAUCAACGUUUUACGAAGUACGUAAAAAUGUACAUGUUGUAUGUUAAAUGAUAUAAUUUUAAAUAUGUAAUAUUAUUUGAAUAGCUACAAUGUAGGCACUGCAGAACUGAAACAGUUCUUGUUAUGACGACAGUUCUACUGUAUUUGAAAUAUCGUUAUGUUGAACAAUGUAACUCUCACUACUGUUUUGAUGAAAGUUGAUAAUAAAUCAUAUUUAUUGUAAGCUUAAAUUUAUUGAUAUAAACAAAUGGUAGAAAACUUAUAAUAUUUUUUAAAUGCUAUUUCAAGAUGGUACAAUUCCGAAAGAAUAAAACUUAAUAGUUA